AUGCAACAACCAAGGUCUGAUUAUUCGCCAGACCUGGUCAAGGAAGCCUGCAUUAGGGUGGAACUUCUAAACAGGGAAACUGAUCUUCAUAAGGAAAAUGUUGCUUUGUCUGGAAGCAGCAGUCCAGAAGAUGUCUUCAGCUGCUGUGAAACACAGGUAUUAUCAGUUUGUAUGGACACCACCAUGCCUCCAGACGACUACAUUCAAAGGCGAGGCUAUAUAGAGCCUUCACUUCAGAAGCUUCCUGUAGAGGAGUCCAUUGGGAGUCACCACACACCCUUCCAGUUUGACCGGCAUGCUCUGGCCAGAAUUUCCACUUCCCCAACUUUAAGACGUCUAAGGAUGACCUCUGCUUCACAAGCACUGCCAUUCCAGGACUGUUCUGACACAGCUCAGCUAGGGAAUCGAAAGGAAUACAACAGCUCUCUCCACCACAUUUGCAAGAGUCCACCUCGGUGUACUACAACUUCCUCGUUGUCGUUGCCUUCUUGUGUUCAUGCAAAAUUACUGUCUUCCAAAGCCAAGUCUGAAACAACUAUUGCAAACCCAACAUCUGCUAGCCCCAGAUCAAAACUGUCAAGCCACAAAGGUCCUCUCAGCAAUGGCAGAACCAGUGAGAGACUCCAGAACUCUUGGAGAGCCAACUGUGCUACCCUGACUAGGAGAAUCCCUAGUCCCAGCCCUACACCCCAGGAGGAUGUCCAGCCACGUUUGUUUCCUCCAGAAGUUCAAAUGUCUACAGAAGGGAAACAAAGUUUAUUUUUUUCCCCACGCAACAACAAAGUUGGAGCUAGUACCUCCCUUAAUAGUCCUACCUCUCUCACUGAUGGUGCAGUGCUCGCUAGAUUGCAUGAUCCCCUUGAAGAUUUCAGACCAGAAGGGCGCAGGCGCAGCUCUGUGGUAGUGAGUCUGCCUGGACUGCAAGUGCUCCCUGGAGACCUCCUGGUGUCAGACACUGCAAUGGACUACAUGCCCCACGCGGCCCUCUUGCUAAAUGCAGAAAAACCAAGGUGGCCAUUUGCCAAAAGAGGAGUUGCUAAAGACAAACAGAAGCAAGUAUCUGAUCUGGAAAACUGUCUUUCAACUGUUCAGAUCAUAGACUUCAGCACGUAUGAAUUUUUCUGCUUUAAGAGUAAAUCUUGGUGUGAAUUUGUACAGGCGCAACAGACAGAGCAGAAAGAUGUCGACAGGCAGUUCGAAGUGAAAAAAGAAGCAGCAAUGUGGGAACUUUUCACAAGUGAAUGCACCUACUUUCUGGAUCAUUUGCUGGUUCUAAAAAUGGUAUUUAUGAACACUCUAAAAUGCCUCCAGACUAAUGAACUUAUCUUGGAUGUGGAUUUAUGGAGACUUUUUGCAAACUUAGAGGAGUUAAACAAAAUAAGUCUCACUUUUCUGCAAACUUUUUUUGAAGCCGUGAAGGAGCACAUCAGAAAGUCAAACUCUCCAAUGGAUUUCAGCUCCACACUCAGAAAGCUUUUCCAGGGUGACCUCUGCCAGACACAUCAGAUAUAUUGUCUUAAUUAUACCUCCGCUGUCUUCUACUUGGAAAACCUGAGACAGAGAGAAGAGUUUGGCAUCUACCUGAAUUGGUGUGAACAAAAGGAACAGUGAGAGAGACUGCAUGUAGAGCUGCUGGUCUCUCCUUUGCAUCAACUGAUGUGCUAUCCCCUCCUCCUCAACAACAUCUGGAAGAGGAGCACUGAUGAAACAUAGAAAGGCUUUAUCCAGUCACUUAAAGAAAAGGUGGAAAAGUCCAUAUGGGAUCUGGAAGGUAAAGUCAAGUGGUUGGACAACUUUCAGAAGUUCAGACAGCUGCAAGAGGUCAUAAUUUGGCCUCAGGUCUGGGAUCGUGACAAGAGAUCCUUUGUCCCAGAGUGUUUGAAGCAAAGCCUAAGGGAAAACGUCAGUGAAAACAUUUUGUGUUCAACAAACAGACUUCUUCAUGAAGGGAGGCUAACACUAGCAGAAAGCACAAGACUCCUUGACAUCUACCUCUUCCUGUUCAACAGUUUCCUAUUAAUUACCAAAAUUAAACAUCACAGAAAGAAAUACAGGAGCUCAGACACCAGUUUAAUGCCUGUCUGUCCUUCCCUCACUCCUGAGCUGCAGCCCUUCAUCAGAGAGGGUAGAUUUUGCACUGUCCUAGACCAGCCCAUCCCACUAGACAGACUGAUACUGAAAAACGUUGACCCCAUACACGUUACAGUCUUCAGCCUGUGAAAUGCUUUCCUAAUACAGCAUGAAAAUAGGUACCGGCAGUGCAUAGCAGUCUUCUUGCUACAAGCUCAAACAGAGGCUGCUAAGAAAACAUGGAUGUCACAGAUAGAAACAGCAAUCUCCAAUUACUCCGUGCAACAUGAAAUCAAGAAAAGCACCACUUUCUGCCUCCCAGCUGAAUCCUCUGGAAUUCAAUAACUUCAGCACAGCACCGACAGAGGCAGUGGAAGACUACUGAAGUGAUAACACAGUUAUAUCUUCCAGGAUGCCUUAAGUUUCUGAAGCUAACAGAUUUCUGACUUGACUAGGCAGGUGUAAGGAGUUUUGCUCACAGAAUGUAGGGAUAAAUUGAAGGGGGGAAAUGUGCCUUGCAGUAAGUGUAUCACUCUUAGAGGCUCCUUUGCUUCAACUAGGGUAAGGCUCUUGCUAUCCAGCGGAGCUUUGAUACAGCUUGUUGUUUCCUAGAAAGCAGGACAGUGGAAACACCUCUGUUCGUGAUAAUACCUUCACGAGAAAAGUCUAGAAAGGUUAUUUUGAGAGCAUUCACACUGUAUUAACAAAUUUCAUUAAAUUAAUAUUGUGUAGCCAUAGCUGCUGAUAGUUAUGCCUCUCUACCAACUGAAUUAUAAUAUCACAAGAUGUUUUUGCAUUAACUUGAGCAUGA